AUGGGCAGCGAUUCUAACGCGACGGCCCAACGGCCUAACUUUCUGUUUAUACUGGCUGACGAUCUGGGGUUUUCAGAUGUCGGCUGCUAUGGAAGCGAAAUUAAAACGCCCCACAUUGACCGAUUGGCGUCUGAGGGAAUUCGUAUGCUCAACCACCAUGCCGCUGCCGCUUGCUCGCCCACGCGCGCAAUGCUUCUCAGCGGAACCGAUGCUCAUCUCGGUGGACUCGGGUGCCUCAUUGAGCACAAACACAGUCAAGUAGGCUCCAAGCGAUGGGGUGGCAAGGCUGGGUAUGAAGGGUAUCUCAAUCAAGACGUGGCAACGCUUCCUGAGCUUUUGGGUGACAAUGGAUAUUUCACUGCCAUGUCUGGAAAGUGGCACCUGGGACUUCGGGCAAGUCAAGGCCCGUGGGAGCGUGGGUUCCAGCAAGCCUUUGCUAUGCUUCCCGGAUGCUGUAACCACUACGGCUGGGAGCCCGUUCAGGAGCGAUUCCCUAUGGGAGGCUCUCCUGUUCAUGUGGAGAACGGAAGCAAAGUUGAUAUUCAACCCAAUAAGACGGAGGACCCCAAGGGCUUUUACUCGACGGAAUACUACACUGACCAACUAAUUCGGUACUUCGAUGGGAGAUCGGAGGAUGACAAGUCCAAGCCAUUCUUUGCAUUCUUGCCUUACACCGCACCUCACUGGCCUCUGCAGUGUUCGAAGGAAAAGCGCGACAAAUACAAGGGCGUCUAUGACGAAGGACCGUACGCCUUGCGAGAGCGCCGUCUCGCAAAACUUGUCGAGAUGGGAAUUGUGGACAAAUCUGUUAUUCCUCAUAAUGUCGAGACCACCACAGUGAAUUCUGGUGAGUGGGCGGACCUUACGCCCGAGGGAAAGAAGCUGUCCAGUCGGGCGAUGGAGACGUACGCGGGAAUGGUGGACACGAUGGACGAGAAUAUUGGCAAGGUGAUCGAAUACUUGAAGAAGACUGGAGAGUACGAUAAUACCUUGGUUGUCUUCAUGAGUGAUAAUGGAGCCGAGGGAGCUUCACUGGAGGCUAUUCCCGUCAUGGGAAAUAGGAUCGUGAAUGCCAUUCACGAAUACUACGACAACUCCUAUGAAAACCUUGGAUCCUUUGACUCCUUCAGCUGGCUCGGACCGCUGUGGGCGCAGGCCUCCACUGCCCCCUCAAGACUAUUCAAAUCCUACCCGUCUCAAGGAGGUAUCCUUGUCCCUUGCGUCAUAAAGCCACCCACCAACACUUUCCUGUCAUCUUACACGGCGGGGUCGUUCAACCGCUCUUUCUCAACCGUUAUGGACUUUUUGCCUACCUUCCUUGACCUGGCAGGUGCCCCCGCUCCCCCUGCUUUAGAAACGAACCCUUCAGUUCGCAAAAUGGCAACAUUCCGAGGCAAGGAGGUCCACGCCAUACGGGGUAAAUCAUGGGUACCGCUGUUUACCCAAGGAAAGAAGGUCGAGGAAGAGGAAAUGUGGCACAUCCAUUCCUCGUCCGAGCCCGUUGGCUGGGAGCUUGUCGCGCGGGCUGCUAUGAGGAAAGGGGAUUGGAAGAUUGUGCACAUUGCGAAAGCUAACGGAGGUGUCGGGGUGAACGAUGAAGGGUGGGAACUGUUCAAUGUUGUCGCAGACCCUGGUGAGACCAAGGACCUGGCGCAGGAGCACCCGGAUAAGCUGGCAGAAUUGAUCGCCUGUUGGGAUGAAUACGUGGUCGAAUGUGGAAUUGUCUGGGGAGAAUCCGCUGUAGCACCGGGAGCGAGCCGCGAGGAUGCGCCGGAGCUCUGGCAGGAUGAGACGGAGCUGCAAAGCUCAUGGAUGGGUGCUGGUCAGGGGAGAAUGCCCCGCCUAUUGCCGGUGAGUCAGUGA